CUCUCUCUCUCUCUCUCUCUCUCUCUCUCUCUCUCUCUGUGACCUCUCAGACCUCUGACGUGCCAACAAGGGCAGUGAGCCUCAGACUCAUGUGUUCUGCCGCGCAGUGAGAUUGAGCAGUAGUUAAAGACCAGAGCGAUGGCACAGCGACGCGUAUUGCUCGUGAGCAACUCUACGACCCAUCCCACCGGUUACCUGGACCAUUGCGCCAAAGACAUGGUCAACUUCUUGGGCCCAGACGUCAAGACCAUUCUUUUUGUUCCCUAUGCACUCAAGGAUCACGAUGGCUACGCUGCCAAGGCCAAGGAACGCUUUGCCGUCAUGGGCUUUAAGGCGGCUUCCAUCCACGAAUUUGAAGACCAACAGGCAGCCGUGGCUAGCCAUGAUGCCAUGUUUGUGGGUGGAGGCAACACCUUUCGCCUUCUCAAGACCCUGCAGGACAAGAACUUGAUUCAAAUCAUUCGUCGGCGCGUCCUGGAACAAGGCAUGCCCUACAUGGGCGCCAGCGCCGGUAGCAACAUUGCAUGCCCAGGCAUCUUUACCACCAAUGACAUGCCCAUUGUCCAACCCUCCUCCUUUUUGGCCCUUGGCCUCGUUCCUUUUCAGCUUAAUGCGCAUUAUCUAGAGCCUGAUCCCACGUCAACGCACAAGGGAGAGACUCGUGCCGAGCGCCUCGCACAAUUUCAUGAAGAAAACGAUCUGCCCGUCGUCGGCCUCCCAGAAGGCAUGAUGAUCGAGGUCGUUGGUGACAAGGCCGUUCUACGCGGCAUGGAUCGUGAUGUGCGCCUCUUUGCUCCGGGCAAGCCCAUGGAGACCCGCAAGACCGGCGCUACACUCGAUGACUUUAUGCAAGCUGCCGAGCCCGCGCACAAGCGCAUCAAGCACAGCGAGUAAAAGUGACCCCGGCCCCCCUGGUUCAUUUUGCACACCCUCGCAAACACACCACCCAACCCUAGUUACUUCUACGUGACAAAAUUCAGGGUACCGAAGAUC